AUGGACUUCAUCUUCAACAUCACCUCUUGGAAUCCCUACUUUCCUUCAAAACUCAGCUUAAGCACUGCUUUCUACAUAAAGCCACCAGACAUAUUAGAUGCAGUGGAGAGCAUCUUUCUGAUCAUGAUGGUUGGAGAGUUCAUAAUGGGGAUUUUGGGGAAUGGAUUCAUUGGACUGGUGAACUUCAUUGACUGGAUCAAGAAAAGGAAAAUCUACUUGGUUGAUUUAAUUCUCACCACCCUAGCCAUCUCCAGAAUUGCCCUAUUGUUUAUGAUACUAUUAGAUGGUUUUAUAACAAUUCUUUAUCCAGAGGCAUUUGAUUGUGAAAUUAUUUUGAAACUUGUAGACAGCAUCUGGACAAUCGCCAACCAGUUAAGUGUUUGCUUUGCUCCCUGCCUUAGCAUAUUCUACUGUUUGAAGAUAGCCAAUUUCUCUCACCCCCUUUUUCUCUGGCUGAAGUGGAGAAUUAACACAGUGAUCCUCAUAAUUCUACUGGCAUCUUUACUUAAUCUGUAUAUGAGCUUCCUAAUAACAGAGAAGUUUAAUGAAGAUUUCAAGGGCUGGGAAAGCAAAAAGAACAAGAGAAAUGAUACAAGUAACUCUGUCUACUUUAACACCCUGAUUUUCCUCAGUCUGGGGACUUUCUUUCCUUUUACCCUGUCUCUGAUCUCAUUGUGUCUGUUAAUCCUCUCCAUGUGGAAACAUACCAGGAAGAUAAAGCUCAAUGCCAGGGAUGCUGGAGAUCCCAGAACAGAGAUCCAUUUGAGAGCCAUGAAAGCUGUGAUCUCUUUCCUCGUCCUCUUUGUCAUUUACUGUUUGGCCUUUCUCAUAACAUCAUCCAGCUACUUUCUUCCACAGAAAGAACUAGCAGUGAUGUUUGGUGAGAUUAUUGCUGCCAUUUACCCUUCAGGCCACUCAUUUAUCUUGAUUUUGGGGAAUAUUAAGCUGCCGCAGGCAUCCCUGAAUUCACUGAAGCAGAUGAAGCAUUGUCUCAAAGGAGGGAUUAUCCAUAGUAUCCUAGAUCAGCCUGUGGAGAAAUGA